AUGCAAUGCAUCCAACGAAGGUGCGAGACACACUUGGCGAGCCGCAUUCAAACACACCGGUGUGAAAGACAACGCCGCGCGGAAGUUGUUCGUUUUGAUUUCGGAACACAGCAAGGAAGAUAUAAUGCCCAACCUCGUCUCAGUCGUGUCGCACAGCGAGAGCCUGGGGUCGCAUUCGCGGCGCGGCGGCAGCAAUCAACAGUUCCAUGCAGUGAAGAGCCUGACCCCCCCAUGCAGGUGCUGAUACGAGUGGCUGUAGGGUCCAUUCUUCAUUUUCAACGACGGCUGCUGCUGCUGCAGCGGCGGUGGCGACGAGUGCGGUUUCUGCACACCUGGAGGGCAGCCUCUCUCCGCCGCGGAACUUGUCACGGCUCCCCCGACACCAGUCGGGCACACGAAUCGCGGUCCUAA